UCACCAUGUUUGAGGUGAGAAACAUUCACAACUGAUUUCUAAUUUUGACUACUGAACCUUUCUUGGACUAACCAUGAAGUUAACUUUCCUACUCGCUUUCAUCCUACUGGGAGUUGUCUCUGCUGGGUAUGAUUCUGCCGGUUACUACUACUGCCAAAACGAAAGCAGGCAACCACCCCAUUAUAUGUGCGAUAACUACUGUGACUGCAGCUCUAAUACUGCCUAUGGUAAUGGUGCUUACUGCGAAGACGAAGACGCGGAAAUAUGUGCGGAUGCUGGUGGUGAUGCUGCAGAGGGUGAUGCUGCAGAGGGUGAUGCUGCUGCAGCGGAUGAUGAUGCUGCUGCAGCGGAUGAUGAUGCUGCUGAAGCGGAUGAUGCUGCAGAGGAUGCUGCUGAAGAAGAAGAUUCUGGGUUUUACUGUGCGGACGGAGACAGUGUUCCCUCACAUUACGUGUGUGAUAACGACUGUGACUGUGUGGGCUGUGAAGACGAGGAAUUCUGUGAAGAUGGUCUCGGAGUGACUAAGAUCAACCUUGGCAAUAUCUCAAUGCGUCUCAACUUGAAACAAGGCGGGGGACAGUACGGGGUCAUGACAACCCAACUUAUCCAAGGUAUCUUCUACUGCAUACUCCACCCUGGUGACUGCUUCUAAAAAGUAACGUCGGAUCAAGCUCGAAUUACACUUUGAAAGUUUUAUUUUAUCUUAUUAUCGCAA